AUGGCUUUAUCGCUGGAAGAAUUUGUCCACUCCCUGGACCUGAGGACCCUCCCCAGGGUCCUAGAAAUCCAGUCAGGCAUCUACUUUGAAGGGUCUAUUUAUGAAAUGUUUGGCAACGAAUGCUGUUUGUCAACAGGAGAAGUGAUUAAAAUCACAGGUCUCAAAAUUAAGAAGAUCAUGGCUGAAAUUUGUGAAGAUAAUACUAGAGAUUCGGCAUCCCAGAAGCCCUUUGAAUUGCCCAUGAAUUUUCCAGGUCUAUUUAAGGUCAUGGCUGAUAAAACUCCAUACCUUACAAUGGAAGAAAUCACAAGAACCAUUCAAAUCGGACCCAGCAGACUGGGACAUCCUUGUUUUUAUCACCUGAAGGAUAUACAACUAGAGAAUCUCACCAUAAAGCAGGGUGAGCCAAUAAGGCUCAACUCAGUGGAAGAGAUUGAUGGAGAAAUACUGGUGAAUUGUGGUGUGGUAAGGAGUCAUCAGAGUCACUCAUUUACUUUGCCAUUGUCACAAGAAGGAGAAUUCUAUGAGUGUGAGGAUGAACAUAUUUAUACCCUAAAAGAAAUUGUUGAAUGGAAGAUUCCCAAGAACAGAACACGGACUGUGAAACUUACAAAUUUCUCAAAUAAGUGGGACUCACCCAAUCCAUUCCCUGAAGACUUUUAUGGGACUUUGAUUCUCAAGCCUGUUUAUGAAAUCCAAGGUGUGCUGAAAUUUCAAAAGGACAUAGUGCGGCUUCUCCCCAGUUUAGAUGUUGAAGUCAAAGAUAUUACUGACUCUUAUGAUGCUAACUGGUUUCUUCAGUUGCUGUCUAUAGAAGAUCUUUUUGAAAUGACCAGCAAAGAGUUUCCUGUAGUAGCUGAAGUCAUCGAAGUGUCUCAAGGGAACCAACUGCCCCCAAGUAUCUUACAGCCUGGAAAAACCAUUGUGAUCCACAAAAAGUACCAGGCUUCGAGGAUCCUAGCUUCAGAAAUUCGAAGCAAUUUCCCUAAAAGACACUUCUUGAUCCCCAGUAGCUACAAAGGCAAGUUCAAAAGGAGACCCCGGGAGUUCCCAACGGCCUAUGACCUGCAGAUAUCUAAGACUGAGAAGGAAACUCUCCACGUGGUGGCCACCAAAGCCUUCCACACACUUCACAAAGAGCUGUCCUCUGUGUCUGUUGGGGACCAGUUCCUAGUGCAUCAUUCAGAGACCACAGAAGUCGUCUUUGAGGGAACAACAACAGUGAAUGUUCUGGCCUGUGAAAAAAUCCUCAAUAAGUCCUAUGAGGCAGCACGGCUUCCUCUGUACAUGGAAGGAGGUUUUGUAGAGGUGAUUCAUGAUAAGAAACAGUACCAACUUUCAGAGCUCUGUACACAGUUCCGCUGGCCCUUCAAUGUGAAGGUGUCUGUGAGAGAUCUCUUCAUUAAAGAUGACAUUUUGGCAGCUACUCCAGGACUGCAGUUGGAGGAGGAUAUCACAGACUCUUACCUACUUGUCAGUGACUUUGCCAACCCCAGGGAAUGUUGGGAAAUUCCUAUGGCCCGAUUGAAUAUGACGGUUCAGUUAGUUAGUAGUAGUAAUUUGUCUAUGGAUACAGGACCAACUGAAGUUAGGACUCUGGUAGAAGAGAUCACUGAAGAACAAUAUUACAUGAUGAGGAGGUAUGAAAGUUCUCUCUCACAUCCCCCACCUCGCCCUCCCAAGCAUCCCUCAGCAGAGGAAAUGAAGUUAACCCUGCUCAGUUUCGCAGAAGAAAGAACAGGAGAUCUACCCAAGUCUCCCAAGAGUCACCAUGCGGACAGAGCCAAGAAACUUCACCCAGAUCAAGGUGGCCCACAUUCAAGAAUGCCGGUUGGUUUUCGGAAAGAUUUGGCUGAUGUGGAGAGACCAAAGAGCAAGCAUGAGCCACUGCAGUAGCAGGCACCGAUGUGACUUCAGAACUCUUCAAAACUGAAAAACAUCAAAAGUAACAAGACAUGAUGGAAGCCACUGGGAGAGUGAACAUAAAUGUUGCAAUGGAAAAGGAAACGUAGCCUUCUAGCUGAAAAACAACAAUUCCCCAACGGACUCUAGAAGCAUCUGGACUGGCCACUGCAAAGACAAAAACAACCUUAGAAGUUUUAACACAUAAAGCUCAAAGGGAGACCCAUGAUAUGGAAUUGAAAUUUUCUGUUUCCUAAAACCCACACGUGCUGUCUCCUUUUUGUUUAAGACAUAUUUAUUUAAUGUGAAUAUUUUUAUGUCUCUUACUUUUGCUAUCAGUAAUUAACAAUUGGAAAUAAUUUUACACUUCAAUUAUUAAGCAAAAUCCUAUUUUACAAGUCUAAACUCUCACUGAAUUUUCACCUUUUUUUCUAGCGAUUUUCUUCCCAUUUUUCUAGUGUUAUCAUCAUUUCUACUAAGACUCAAGGAAAAUUAAUUACAUCUGAGAAUGACUUAGAGUGCCCAAGUUUCUUCUCGGGUUCCCUGGGAACUGCGAAAUGAGUUUGACCUCACAUUUUCAAUUUGUUUUAUAAAUACACUGUAAAUAAAUGUCAGAUCUCAGCAGCCAAAGCCAUCAUGAAUCACAGAACCUUUUCUGACCUCCUCCUUCUACUUCUAAAAGGAAGAGUCCCUGACUGAAGUAUCACCCAGGUUCUAGUAAUCUACCUUGUAUUUUAUGAACUAUAUUCUUGACAAUGCUUUAAAUGGAUGCUUAUUAAGAUUGUAGCAAACCAUUUAGUUAACCAUAAUAUUUGAUGGGAAGAAAAAGGCAAUAUAAUUGUAAUGAGCCAUAUAAAUAUAGUUGACAGAAGCCAAAAUGAUUCUUAAUGAAUAAAUAAUAGAAUAGUACUUAUAGUUAUAUGUCUGUAAGAAUUAAGGGCAAACACAUUUUUAUAAGUUUUCUUAUUAUGUAUUAAACAUACAGGAAUAAUAUUACUUUGUCUCUAACAACACAAAGAGAUUGAGAAUUUUUCUAGUUAGGUUACAGAGAGAAUAGUGAGAAGUCUUAGGUUUUGUUCAUAGGUCAGACUUUUUGCAGAACUUGAUUCUGGUCUCAUAAUUAAUUUAUAAGUUGGGAGAACUUAACUUGAUGAUUUAGUACUUAAGAGUCUCUAAAAAUAAUAAAUCAUGAGGUAAUUUUCAUUAUAUAAAUAAUCGAAGCUAGAGAUCUUUCAUACAAUGUUUAUAUUUUGAUUUCUUAUCUCCUCUUUUUUCUCUUUAAGUAAUAACAAAUGCUGGUUUCAGUGCUUUGAAGAUUGCUUAAUGAUUUAAUAAUAAUAAUAAUGUUAUAAUAUCGUGUGUUGUCUGCAAUUUCUAAAAUUUUAGGAGAUUGUUUAACUUUUACCUGUUUUUUCCAGUUUAUACCUGUUUGAGCAGGAAAAUUAUAAAGUUUAUGUCUCUUCAUUUUAGUAUUUGAAAAUCAUAGAGAAUCACACAGUCUGGGAAAGCUAUACUAUGGGUGAUCUGGGACCAAUAAAAUUUGUCAUUUUUCAGGUAACAUUGAGCACUGAAUAUUUUGUUUGAUAUAUGAGCACAAUUGAACUUGUACUUUUUGUAAGUCCAUGUGUUUGACUAAAAUAAGAAAAUGAACUCUCUUCCUUUGGUUGUGAAUCAUCGAGGGCUUUCCACUGGAAAUCAUGUCUAACAUUUCUAACUUAAUGUAAGUCCCUCUGCAAACUCUGCUUCUAGUUGUUCUGAUAUCAAAAAUGUA